ACGCGUCUGCAACAUCGACAUUGCAUUCGAGGAAAGAUUGUGUGAGAAUUGGUCUCCGAAAUCUUCGUGUUGGUAAAUAAGCAUCAUGAGGCAAACACUCGUUACGGUUCUUGUGUUCUCAUUGCUGGGAUUAUGCUGUGCCGGGGCGCUGAGGAACUUCCCUGAGGCUCUGCAGGAGGUUAAGAAGAAGGGUUCCAGUGAGUCGAACAGUAAGGAAUCGACCGAAAAAUCGAGCAGCGAAGAAUCGACCGAAAAAUCGAGCAGCGAGGAAUCGACCGAAAAAUCGAGCAGCGAAGAAUCGACCGAAGAAUCAGACAGCGAUUCGAGUGAGAGCAGUGAGGAGACGACUACCGUUCUCACCACGAGUGCCACCACAACGGAAGGGGCUACCACAACGGCUACCACACCGGGAGAGUCUACCACACCGGGAGAAACUACCACACCGGGAGAGGCUACCACACCGGGAGAGACUACCACACCGGGAAGGACUACCACAUCGGUACCUGAAUCAACUUCCACACCGUAAACAAUAACCACGCCGAUUAACCCAGACGUGCCAGUGUGUGAGGGGGACCUACAGCAAGGAAUCCUCCGAGGAAAGGACAACUGUCAUACACUGAACCACUCUGAUAAACCGGCGCUGACCACUGGCAAGAAUCCUGACCUUCAAUCGGCUCUUCUGCUUCAGUCCAAUAUGUUCCAAAUAACUCAAAUUUGUUCAAUCCUUUAAUAAAUUAUAGCACUAGCAA